AUGCCCAUCUCCAAGUGUCUGAAGAAGUCAGAGCCUCCAUGGAAGGAGUGGGACCAGAAAGCUCAGAAGAAUGGGCUGAGGCACCAGGUGUUCGCUGUCAAUGGUGACCACUACGUGGGCGAGUGGAAGGACAACAUGAAGCAUGGGAAAGGAACACAGUUCUGGAAGAAGAGAGGAGCCAUCUAUGAGGGGGAGUGGAGGUACGGGAAGCAAGAUGGCUACGGCACCCUCAGCCUUCCCGACCCGGGCACGGGGAAGUACAGGAGAGUCUACUCGGGCUGGUGGCGGAACAACAAAAAAUCGGGCUAUGGAAUCCAGUUUUACGGACCCCAGGAGUAUUAUGAGGGCGAGUGGUGCAACAACCAGCGCAACGGGUGGGGCCGCAUGUACUACAGCAACGGCGAGAUCUACGAGGGCCAGUGGUGGAACGACAAACACCACGGAGAGGGCAUGCUGCGCCUGCGGAACGGGAACCGCUACGAGGGCUACUGGCAGAGAGGCCUGAAGAACGGCCACGGGCGCUUCUUCCACCUGGACCACGGUCAGCUGUUCAAAGGCUUCUGGGUGGAUGAUGUGGCCAAGUGCGGCACCAUGAUCGACUUUGGCCGUGAUGAGGCGCCACAGCCCACCCAGUUCCCUAUUCCUGAGCUCAAAGUUCUGGACCCCGACGGUGUGCUGGAGGAAGCCUUGGCCAUGUUCAAGAAGACGGAGGGAGAAGAGGGAGAGUGA